CAGCAAAAAGUGCCGCAUAAGUGUUGGAAAGUGCAUUGUGCUAAUUAUGCGGGCGUACGGGGCGUAUGCGUGUUGAAAGCGCAGCUAAAGUGAAUACAGAAAGUACACGUCGACACCAGAAGUCAAAGCAAGAAAAGGCAAAUCCGACACGACUUGUUGCUGGGUAAAACGAAAAUCGAGUCCAUUUUUGUCGCGUCAAGCAAAUGGAAAAGUCGCGGAAAAUGUGAAGAAUGUGUCUGUGACGGACGUGUGUCAACGUUUACGAAUUAUCAAUUCAAUACAAAUGAAAUGUGAUUUACCUGUCAGCUCCCCUCUAUCUCUCUCUCUCUCUCUCUCUCUAAGUGUGUGUGUGUGGGUGUCUAACUAAUUGAAAUAAUGUCAUGCAUUGGCUCGACGGCAUUUCUUUGGAUGACAAUUUAAUUAGCGGACGCGCCAGCGGCAGCAACGGCGACAACAGCGACAACAAUCAGCGGAAAUCAACGCAAAGCUCAUCGCCAGCAAAAGCAAAACGAAGACGUCAUGCACACUAUAAGCUAAAUAGCAGAUUGGAUAGAAAGUCAUCACGUGGCAUGAUAUACGAAAAUGAAGAGCUCAGGUUGCGCACAAUCAACAUAAAUGCGGAAGUCGAGCGAGGUCAAUCGGACAUCAAACGUUUGCGGCGUGAAAAUGAGCAUCUGCGUCGCGAGAUUUGGACUUUGCGCGACGAAUGCGAUCGGCUGAACAAGCGCUUCAAGGCGAAGCUAAGCGAGCACGAGUACGGCGGAUGUCGCGGCAGCGGUAGCAGCGGGCGUCGCUGCAGCGGCGGCAGAGGCAGCGCAGGUUGUGAUGGAAACAGUGAUGACUCUGACUCAUGUGAUACGUGUCGCUGCGAGGACGAUGGCCACUGCAGCGACGAGUGCUGCCAGGAACGUGGUUCUUGUGUAUCUAUCAAACAGUCGCUGCCGCCCGAGGAGACGAGCGUCAAGGCGGCUAAUGAUAGCACCUCGACAACUAAGCCGGAAAACCAGGCCAUGCACUUUGACCAUCUGUCUGUGGUUUCCGAGGAGACACUCAGCAAUCCGGAAAUGCAGCUGGCGCAGCAGACGCCGGAGCAUCAUCUCAUGAUUUGUACGCCCGAUCUCAAUAGCUCGCAGAGCACGCUGCCCAGCCUGGUGGGUCCACUUACCCCACUGACGCCCGUAGAACAGGUGGCUAAUCAGCUUAACGAUUUGCAGGCAAUGGUGCCUCCGCUCUCCUACUUUGAGAACAUAUUGUCCCAGCACAUGGGCGCCAAUACGGUGCUAACGCCUACGCCCGAGCUGGGCACCAGCUCCAGCACGACCACCGGCAAUACCAUGAAGCAUACCAAUGGCUGGGAUUACAAUUUGCAGUCGCCGUUCUCGCAGCGCAAAUACUCGAAUACAUCGUCGCCCUCACGCUCACCGCCGCCGCCGCUGACCACCUUUGUGCCUACAAGCACGCUGCAGGCCAUGCCCAAGAUAGCGCUGAAUGCGCCAACCACAAACGGAGCUGUCGGCGGCAUCAUUGAGACCGUUGCCAUAACCACAAACGCCACGCAGCAAGCGCUCAAUAGCCCGAAGCACUUCUUUGCUCCCAUUAAGCCGCGCCUCAAGCUCAACACGGAGCUCGCCAAUCGGGGACAGGAUGCACUGCCGCCGGGCUCGCCGCCGCCGCCGCUAGAGCCGGCAACGCCGCUGCGUGAGCCCCCGGAUAUAUUUGUCAAUAAUGCGCUAGCCUCGCCGUAUAAGCGGCCCGGCCCCCGGCUCUCACCACAAGUAAGUCCGCGUCAUCGCACGCGCUCCCAUUGCCAGCUGCACCACAGCCAGCCCUGCCAGGCGCACGCCCACCAGCAACGCCAGCGCCAUGGCCAGCAGCUACCACCAACGCUCACGCAACAGCAACAGCAGCUGCCGCCGCAGUCUUGCUCGCUGCAUCGGGCGGUGGUCAAUGUGGCCGCUGCCGUCGGCUUGGGCGUUGGCGGUGCUGAGGCGAACGCCUGCGGCGACAGCGUGGUUGACAUAUAUACCGCCGCGCUAGCCGCUGCUGCUUCGGCUGCCGCUGCCCAAGCAGCAUCAGCGUCAGCACCCCCAACUCCGCUGCCCUUGACCCGCUCCGUGGAGCCAGUCUAUGCGACCGCACAAAAAGGCUGCCACAGCAGCUGCAUAUCGGCCACUGCCCUGACCAAGCCCGUGAUGACCGCCACCACGAACACCACAAAGACAACCGCAUCGCCGCUGCGUCAGCCCGCAAAGCUUACCGCUUGUGCAGCCAGCUGCAAGCCAAAUCCCGCGGUGGUCUCCAUCGUGGAUAUUGGCAGUCAGACGGAUUCAGUAAACUUGGAGUCUUUGCUAAACGACAUACAGACAAUUUCGGGCGACAUUCUGGCCAUACAGCUGGAGAAAAGUAAAUCGCGGGAUAAUCUCAUAAAUGGCAACAACGACAAGGACAAAAGUAAACCGUAUCGCUCCGAGAUGAAUCUCUAUUUGCAAUACGACGGCGCAAAUCCGACCAUUUCGAAUGCAGCAACUACCACUGUGGCUGCCAGCAACGCCUCCGACUCGAGCAGCAGCCACAAGCUCUCGAGUCGCACACGCUCGCUAGAGCGCGAGCACACGGACAGUCCGGCGCCGCAUAUGCCGGAUCCCAUGGCGCCAUUUCCGGAAAAGUGCAGUUAUCUGGGCUUCGAGCAGCUCAAUAAUCAGGCUGCCGCCGUGAAGCACUCCCUAUCUGGCCAAAAGCCGCCUGUGGGCGUUAAGCCUAGUCUGCCUGCCAAGCCGCCACCGCCGCUGCCACCGGCGCGACGUCCGGCCGUGCCCACAGAGCCACCACCAGAACCGCCGGCUGGAUUGUCGCCGAACAAAAGCCAUCUGUACAAAUCGCUGGCCACGGCGGCGGCCAAAAGAGCCGUCUUUCGCUCGACGCCAACGGAACUGACGCGUUCUCUGGAUGUGGAGUGCACAGGCGGCGAGCCAGCUGAUCCUGCGGCAGCCAACGAGGAGGAGGAUGAGGAGGCGGCCAAGCGCAAGGCGCGCCGCGUCUCCAUUGUUUGUGGCGAGGAGCAGCCCGUGGCAAAUGGUGUUGCACCCACUGCGCCUACAGCAACAGCCAGCUGUGGCGACUUGACCAGCGCCGCGGCCAGCGUACUCAUCCAUCCCAGCAUUAAGGCCUUCAGGCAGAUAAGCCACAGUACGCCCAGUUCUCCACAUUCCUCGCGCCGGCGCACCAACAGCAACACAAUGACAGCGGGGCAUGGUGAGGUGUCGGCCACAGCCUCAGCACCGCCCAGCACCACACACCAUCAUCAUCACAGGAAGGAGAGCAGCGAUCCGGCGCCCAUGACGGCCACAGUCAGCCGCACAAAAUGCUCGCGUCGCCACUCGGAGGGCACCGUGCACAGUGUGCAUCGCAUUAGCAACUCGAGCGGAGGUGGUGGUGGUCAUCAUCACCAUCACACGCAUCACCAUCAGCACAGCAGCCUGAUCAGCAGCAAUCCGCAUCAUAGCCACCAUUCCCAUCAGGACAGCAACCAUGAGACGGUCACCUCCCAAUCCGAUCGCAACUCGAAUAGUUUUGGAUCCUCGCGCGAAUCUUCGACCAGCUUCAGCAUGCGUUCCAAUCGGCGCAAGAUCUCGAUAAGCUCACAUACGGGCGGCAAGAUACCCUGGUGCGGCUGCUGGGGCAAUGGGUGUCUCUAAAGCGGGGCUUCUGACUGUACUUAAAUUUAGGGCAUGCUUUAAGCAUUAUCGACAGUAGCUUGCCGUUUGCCGUCCUACGACCAAAAGGAAACCAUAUUUUUAAACCCACCCGCAUGUUUGUGUAUGGUAUUAGCUAGUCUUAAAGGAAACACCAGGAAGUACGCCCAUUUGAACCAAUUUUCAUUUAAAAAAGCAUUUUUCAAAAAAAAUCGUCAAGUACAAAAUGAGUUAAAACACAAUUCAAUGCGGUUCAGUUCUAGGUUAACGACUAAAGAUUAAUGUUUUAACGUAGCCUAAUUAAAUAAUUCCGUUCCGUUCGAAAUUGUAUGCAAUUAACUAAGUUAAUACUUAUAUUCGAUUGUAUAUAAUCUGUCAGGCGAGUAUUUCAAUUGUAUGUAGUGUAUUACAGAAAUUAUUUGUAAAAUAAUUCAUUAUUGUUGUUCAAUUCGGAUAAACAUAAAUAUAAUAGUCAAAUGUCUAAACUAUACUUGGUAUUUUAUCGUUUGGAAACUCGGGGCAAAUAGCUAAGUUAGCGAACUGAUAAACUUUACCAGCAACUGGCAAGUUCCUGUUAAACUAGAGAUGAAGAAAAUAGCUGAUAAACUUAUCGAGCAAACACAAAAUUAUAUCUUUAUUAUUUCUCAGAUAAAAUUUGGUAUAUUUACAGCAAUUUAAAAGAAAAUUUACAUUUGCAUUCGCUGAAUUCGUAUAGCCGACAGUUAAACAAUUUCCACAUGGCAGAAAAUAAGUUACAAAGAGAGCUAGCAAAGGCAAAAUAAAGACGAAGACAAGCGCAAAUGCAACUGAAAUUGCGCAACAAGCGAGAAUACUCAUAUAUAAUAUGCAAAUUAGCUGCAAAUUAAGGUGUAAAAAUGCAUGACACACAAACGCCUCUAGGAAGUGCACAAAACAAAUUAAAUUUUGCCAUGGAGCUGCACAAAUUGCCCUGGCGAAAAAACAGAUAUGCAAAAAAUAUUAAAAAUUGCAGCGACACAAAAAAGAGAAAAGUGGUGUCAAAAAAGUAUAAAAUAUGUGAAAGACAGACGAGAAAGCUGACAGAACCGAAAUGGGUCGACUUUAUUAAAAUAAUUAUGCACAAGCGCAGGCGAGUCUGAGGCUCCAAACCGAAACCACUUUCUCGAAUGAAUUGGCUUUAAUGACAGCUCAGUCUUAUAAUUAGGUAUUUAUUAGUCUACUGUGCUACAAUAAAGACAAUAAAUGA